AUGCCUCAAGCAAAGAGUGACCGCAAAAAGACCCACGCCCCCUAUCAGCCCAGACUCCAGGGUCUCGAACCGAAGAACCAGCCAAAGCCAGCUGCACCACGCACCCGCCAACAAAAAAAGCAAACUGAUUGCAAACUCAACUCUGAAGACCAUGACUCCAGCGCAAUCGACCUCUCAAUUACCAUUCCCAUAUCCCUCCAGCAGCUUCUACUAGACGUCUUCAAAACAGCCCUGUUCACCCGGUCACCUGUAUCCACCCAAUCUACAGACACCUUAGACGCCGCUUCCGAGCCAGACAAUGCGCGUCCAGAUGCCACUGAAGGAGCCCAAUUAGACACAAAAUCACUUGUGCAAACUAUCAAAACACAUCUAUACCAGCGCGAUUUCGACUCCGCUUUUACAGAGGCGGAUGAUUCUCUCCUGCGCGUUUACGCGCUGCGAUGGAGUGCUGCGCGCGCGCUCGGUUAUGCGGGUAUCUUCAAGGCUGUUCUUCGUUACAUGCGUGCUGAGCAGGGUCUGACUGCCAAUACGCGGGUUGUGUCUAUUGGUGGUGGCGCUGGUGCCGAGAUCGUGGCACUUGGCGCUGUUUGGAGGGACCUGCAUGACGGUGUUGAGGGGUUAGGGGAUCGUCUUGAGAAGGUUUCGUUGAAGAGUAGUGAUGAGACAGAACCACCGAAGCCUGCAUCUCUUGAUGUUGUGGCUGUUGAUAUUGCCGAUUGGUCGAGUGUAAUCGACCGGCUUCAGAAAACGAUGGGUUCAUCAAAUGUACCUACUCCGAGAUCAUCGAAGCAUCAGCCGCCAUUGACGGGGUCGAAUGCUUCGGAAGGAGGGCUUUCUGUCUCGUUUCUGAGGACUGAUGUCCUUACUAUCUCGGAGCCUGAGCUGAAAGAUGUCUUGCAUGGGACCGCUACAGCGACGACUCCGCCUUCUCUACUGGUGACACUUAUGUUCACGCUCAACGAGCUCUUUUCUACUUCUAUGGCGAAGACUACUGGCUUGCUUCUGCGGAUGACUGAGUUGCUUCCGCCUGGGGCGGUGUUGCUUGUUGUUGAUAGCCCGGGGAGUUACUCGAGUCUGAAGUUGGGGAAAGAUGGGGUUGCGCAGGAGAGGAAUUACCCGAUGAAGUUCUUGCUUGAUCAUACGCUGCUUUCUGUCGCGGAGGGCAAAUGGGAGCGGGUACUUUCGCAGGAUUCGAGAUGGUGGAGGAGAGAUACCACGAGGCUUAGAUAUGAGGUUGGCGAGGGAGCGGGUUUGGAGGAUAUGCGGUACCAGGUGCAUUUGUAUAAGCGGUUGACUUAG